AUAACAUAUCGCAGUUUUACCUUUCGCUACAUGCUCAUACGUGCUCAUAUAACAUAUCGCAGCUUUACUCUUCGCUACAUGCUCAUCGUGCAGUACCUUGCUUAGCCUAGCAUUCUCCUACACGGUGCGCUGCUGAAGGCAGGCAAGUUAAGAUUCACAAAGUAAGAGAGAAGCCCGCGGCCUGAGUACAAGUGAGCUACUCCUGAUAGGAGCGAGGCUGCUACGAUGAAGACGUUGCUGUUAGUUUUGGGGGGUAUAUUGGUGAUGACAGAGACGCUAUCUGGGUCAAGAGCUCGCACGUGUCCAAGGGGUUACGUCGUGUGCGACGGGUACCUCGAGUGUGACGACUCGAUCGAUGAGUUACCGUGUGGCUUGACGGAGUCAAUCGGUUAUGAAUAUUACUACACCAGUACUGUGCAAGUUCCAGGGUCCCAAGAUAAAUCCCUCACCAUCUCAGCUAACGUGCGUUUUGAGGUUCAAAAAAAGAACAGAAUAAACAUGGUGGUCUUCGAUGCUCCGAAGAACGUUGGAGCGGAUGAAAACUGGAAGAAGACGUUUGUGAUGAUGCGCGGCGACGACGGCCGGUACGAUCACAUCAUUAGCGACCCAACGACUUCUCCUGUAGUCCUCAACAUCAAGAAAGCCAUGGCCUCUGUGUUUCAAGUAACAGAACCUAAGGGCAGAAACGAGUACAGCGUCGUGGAGACCGAUGUCAGUGGAACCUGUGCACAAGACUACCGCGUGGAGACUAGUGCCGAGCCAUUCCAUCAGUAUUUAGCUAACAGGAUGGAAACAGGUAUCCCGAAGACGAUCACGAAAACGAAUGACUACAGCGAGUGCUCGGAGAGGCCAGCACAGACGCGAAACUACCUAGAAACCGAGGACUGCUCACCUGAAAGAGGGAGUCGUAUCCCAAUGUCGAAGACGAUCACCAGCUGCCAAGUCUACCUUGACGCAAAGGGAAGUUUGACCAUAGCGCAGUGUAUCACUAAUGAGACACAUGCCGUCCCGCAAGCGCCCGAUCAAGGCGGUAACUUAAACGCCAUACAUGUCAGUAAGCGGUUGUCAUUCAGGAAGUUAGUUCUGUUGUCAACUAGGAUACGAGAGGGUUAUCUCCCAUCUCUCGAGAAUAUGGAGAAGUCUUCGCUACUGUUCAAAUUUGGCGAGAAGCGCUACGAAGGCAACAUGGAGAAGGUUGAGCAAAUUCUGCGUGAUCUGUCAUCCGAUUUCAUGCCCGGCAAAGAGGCCUACCAACUGCACAGCAUUGAGGCGCCAACCCUGUAUGUCAAGCUAAUUGGCAAACUCCGCGACCUUAACGCAGCAGAGUUUGACACCGUGUACACUCGUCACUUUGACGACCCAAAAUACAGACAGUGGCUAGAGGACGCGCUUCCUUUUAUCGGCACAGCACAAGCAGUGGAGCACUUCAGGAAAAGAUUAGAGGAUAAGUCUAUCGAGACCUCUUGUGCUAUAAGGCAUUUAAGCCGUCUGGGGUCCAUUAACCGCCGAACAGAGAGUGACUUCAUGGACAAUGUCAUGACGUUGUGCAGCUCGCCACGCGUGGCUUCUGAAUGGCAUCUCCAUACCAACUGCUGGCUCGCGUUUGGCUCGCUGGUGUACACUCACAGUAAGGAUGUGGGAAAGUGUCCCGACAAGUACUGCAAGGCUUUGAGAGACGAAUACAAGAAGUACAUCCACGAUGAGGUAUUCCAUGAGCGUGACCCGAAGCACAUGGAAAGCCUGGUGGUCGCCCUGAAGGCUAUAGGGAACUCAGGACGCGUCGAGAUGUUACCCGAAGUCUUGCAGGUCAUAAAGAACUGGGAAAGCCUUAAUCCACCAAUCAUAGAAGCCAUUGAGGCCCUUCGGCGUAUGACCAUUAGCGGGAAUCAACUAACGCAGGUACGGGCAGCUUUGCUGAACUACUUCGUCAACAUGGGAUUUUGUCCCGAGAUCCGGAUGGUCGCGUUUGUCGCUCUAAUGGACACCAGUCCUCCUCCUGCAAUCAUCAGCAGACUUGUCCAGGCUAUCCAAGACGAGAAAGUACCAAUAGUGAAGCAAUACGUCUUUACCACGUUGGACAAGGACAGCAAGUUUAACUGCAAGACGAGCGAGAGGAAGAAACAAGCCCAAUCAUUGUUGGGUCGACUUCUGUUUCACAAGAAAUCACGCUACCAGUCUUUUGUUUAUGGUUUAAACAUUGGAGAGCCAGAUAGUGUCUUCUCGGGCCUGGAAUACGACGAGACCCACACUCCGCUCAGCUCGCUGCCGCGACACAUUCGCAUGAAGAAUUUCUUUGGUUUCUUGGGGUACGUCGCUGAACAUAUGGAGCUGAAAAUUCGUCAAGACGAAGUGAUGCCCCUUUUUCGCGAUUUGAUUGGUCCAUACGGCACAUGGCUAGACAAAAAUUCAGUGAUGGAUAUCAUGCGACCAAAACGCAGCGCUGCGAAGGAUGGAUUCCCUGAUGUCUACCAUCGGAUGAAGGAAAAGCUCCGCCCAGAGGAAAGAAGAGGCAAACCAUUCAAGUUGACCAUGUCAGCAAAGCUUUUUGGCAGCGAAAUCGUCUACCUUUUGUUGAAUAACUCCAUGGACGCGAUCAAGAGCUUAGAAGAAGACGGCACUAUCAAGCUCGAUAAGGACUGGUUGGGUAACCAGCUCAAGGCGGGCAUGAACCUCAACAUGAACGCCACAGACGUGCUUGUAGACACCAUGAAACGUCUACCCACUACUGCAGGAUUACCGCUGACCUAUCAGUUGACCAAUGGCGGCGUUUUCCGGUACAAUGCCUACUUGCAGCUCACAACCAGUCCACUGCACAACCUCAUCCCAUGGGGGAGGGUAGCAGAGGAAACAGAAGGAACAUUCAGAGAGUGCUUUAGUGUUGUAAACAAUCAGAUGAUCAAGGCAUACGUCUCGGCCGGUGACACCAAAAUGGGAUUUAAGUUUAGCACUUACGGAGCUUUCCGCUGCCCGGUUCCGUUUGACGAGGUGAAGUUUGAAACAAAAGGACGUGAUGGCAAGUUCAUUCGCAAGGUUGUACUUGACGUGGAGAUGAACAAGCAAAACACUUCUUUUGCAAAGACAGGGUCAGAGUUCCACUUCUUCACUUAUGACAAAAAUGGAUAUUGGUCAAAAGAGAUGUCCAAGAAUCGUCCCCCACGUUUGCCGGGUCCGCUACCAGGUAUGGGGCCAGAGAUUGGGCAACGCCUUGGUCAAGAAGGCGAUGGGCUGGGUCGCCUUAUUGGCAUGUUUGGGGGACGAGGAAGCCCCAUGGGUGGCAAUCACCCUCACCCUCCUGGGGAACCAAUGGGAGGUCGAGGUGGUAGCAGUUCUGGGCCGAAUGGAGCCGAUAGAGGACCGGCACACAGCCGUAGAAGACAGAUUCACAAUGGAGGCAUACCGGGUACCAGUGGCAGUGGGCCGAGGACACAAGGAAUGGGUCCGCAAGAAGGAGUGCGGGACGCAUCUCCGGUUGUGUGUCGCGAGGCGUGGAAUGACUCCCUGGCGCUUUGCAUGGAUAAUAGCAAGAACACGCACAUGUGGUUCUACCCAGGUGGGCGUCCUGUGGAAAACAUCAAUCUGGAGUACAAAAACUCAACAGACGCAGACGAGCCAUACUGGGAAUACGAGCUCGAAAUUGAAGUUGAUGACGCUGGUCGCAAGCAUCUCGAUAAAUACGACAUCAAAAUUACGGUCCCACGACCUCCAUCGUCUCCUCCCCCCUCUGGGGCUCACCCAUCACGACCCUCUUCGCACAGAGAAGUCAUCUCCAUCGAAGCGAUGAGGACCCUGAAACCAAGAAGUAUUCUACCUGACGGGAGAACUCCCAAGAAUCCUGAGUGGACAGCGUGUGUUAAACUGGGAAUGAACCCUAAGGAGAGACAGCUGCAAGUGCAUGCUGGGAUGGGACAAAAAGAUUGCUCGGUGUACAGCGUCAACAUGAGCGUGGGGUACACAGAAAAGAACGCUGACCCUGGUAUAGAUAUCGCCAUCUCAUGGAACAGCCUUCCCGAUAACCUAGAGAUGAUGACAUGUCCUGCCAAACAAAUCAUGAAGCAAAUGGGCAAGGUCCCCGGUGGCGGGCAAGGAUGGGGGCAACCACCCCCUGGGGCAGGACAAGGAGGAGGACCACCACCCCCUGGGGCAGGACAAGGAGGAGGACCCCCACCCCCUGGAGCAGGACAAGGAUGGGGGCAACCACCCCCUGGGGCAGGACAAGGAGGAGGACCACCACCCCCUGGGGCAGGACAAGGAUGGGGUCAACCACCCCCUGGGGCAGGACAAGGAUGGGGUCAACCACCCCCUGGGGCAGGACAAGGAGGAGGACCACCACCCCCUGGGGCAGGACAAGGAGGACCCCCACCCCCUGGGGCAGGACAAGAAGGACCCCCACCCCCUGGGGCAGGACAAGGAGGAGGACCCCCACCCCCUGGGGCAGGACAAGGAUGGGGACUACCUCCCCCUGGGUCAGGGCUUCAUCUCUAUUGCUUUACUUCCUUCAAUCUCUCAUUGGUGAUGGCAAAUGGCACUAAGCUACAGGUGUUCGGUGUCCCGACGCCCGAGACAUUGGUCUUUGAGAAAGAGAUGCCGUUCUUCAAGCCGAUCCACAACAAGCUCAAGGGUUUUGUCAAAUAUGAAACAUGUAACGCAAUUAGAGCUACAGACGAGAUCACGACCUUCGACAAGAAGCAGUUCACUUACCGGCCUACCACUGGCUGCCCGCACGUCCUAGCUAAAGAUUGCUCCAAGAAAGAGCUCUUCACCGUAUUUAUGAACGUAACCGCUGAGAGCAAGAAGGAGCUGACCGUCGUCGUCAAAGAUCGUAAAGGCAUCGGACAUGUGUUUGUAAUCACACCAGAAAUGACAGUGAUGCAUGAUGGGAGUCCCUUGCAGAUGAAGCCUAUCCCGGGAGAAGCGUCUACAAGUGCACAUCACAUCCCCCGUCUCUGCAAGGUAACGAAGAGCGCAGAAGAGGUGGUGGUCACAUGUGACGCCGGGCUAACGGUCAUCACAAACGCAGAAGCUUUACAGGUCAAGGUCAGCCCAUGGUAUUUCCAUUACAUGUGCGGCAUGUGUGGCAACUUCGACUGGAGACCGACAGAUGAUAGCAGAGAUCCAGUCCAAAGAGUUCAGGAUCUGGACCACGCGUUCGCUGCCUCAUGGCUUGUCCCCGGCGAGAACUGCAAAUCAGGCUGCAAGGUGGUACAGCGGCCCUUAAAGGAAGUCAUUUCUGGAAAGUACUGUGUCGCAACCAAUGCCUUGCAAUGCGCGCCGGGUUGCCGAGCAACAAGGUCCACCAAUACAACACUGCCAUUCGCAUGCGUGGACCAAAGCAGUCCGCUGGUCGCAGAAACCGACAAGAACUUCAGAGAUGAAAAUUUCGGCGCCAUUUUGAAUGCCUUCAAAGACAAAGUAAAGUCAGCCAAGUAUUCCACUAUUGUUCACUAUGAUUGCAACUGUGACAAAUGCCCUUUGAAGUAAGGCCAACCUGCAGGAUUAGAUGUAGUUAUCGAUAGAUAGAUUAUCGUAUGAAAGUUUGGUAGCAUGCACAUAAACUUUGAUAAAUACGAUAACUAAUUAUUAUACCAUUUUAUUGACUCAAAUACAUUCAUCGCAAACGUCAA